AUGAUUUUAUUCAGAUUGUCCAGCACCAGCUCGUUGCGACGCAAUCGUCUAUCUGAUCUCCAAUCUCUGCUCAGAAUAGUGAACAGAAAAUCAGAGUUUUACUCCGAAGAGGAUCGCAGUGCCAAUUCCGAGUCAGAGGUGAUACGACAGUUCCGGAAACUAAUUCCUGCAGACCACAAGCUCUCUCCUGACAUCUCAUCCUGGACACAGCUUAACCAACCCCAAGACCUUGUAGAAAUUCCAAAAGUUCCCGAUGUUUUGAACGAGACUACUCUGGAUGACUAUGUGCGAACCUUGAACCGUGUGAAGACCAGAAAGUUUGAUCAAAAUCCCGUUUAUGUGAAAAGAGCGUUUGAGAAAAUCGUCGAGUCCAAUGUGCUAGAGAGCCUGCACACAUACAACAUGAUUCUCAAGUUUUUUGCAACGACUCACGAUUUCAACAACGUCAAGGAAACCAUGCGUCUGAUGAAUCAGAGAAAACUGUAUCCGACCACAGAAUCUUUCAACUUUGUGCUGGGUCCCAUGAGAACUAGCCGUCAUGAACGAAAGUUUGCGCUUAUCAAUAUGUACCUUAAGCAAAUGCGUUUCUACAAACAGAUCCCAGAUCUGAGCACCUGCUUUAUUCUUUUUGAGUGUCUUCGCACGCAUCGAAAGCCAAUAUACGACUAUAUGGUGAAAAAUGGGUGUUCCCUGUAUCCCAUUCUCCCCGCAGUGAUGGCCUACAAGUACGACAUUGAGAAGAAGAACUUUGGCGAGCUCAUGGCGGAAAUGGUUGCAAAUCAACAAUCAUUCAAAGACGACCCGAAACUGGUUGCAGAAUUUGUUAGAAUUGCAUUGGAUGAAUACGGGCCUUCGCAAGCUUGGGAUUUUGCUAUGGAAAGACUUGAAACUGAUAUUCCAGAGCUUACGCCGUCGAUGCUGGUCCAUUUUGUAAACUACUUUGUCAGGGAAAAUCAGCUCUACAACGCCAUAGCCAUGAUCAACCAUUUCGACAACCAUUUUCUCAAAAGAAAGGUGCACAAGGUAUACGAAAUAUUGGCUGUGGCAAUGAUAGACCGCCCAAACAGCGAGAACUGGUCUGUGCUAGCGCGCAGAUUUUAUAUUGAGAGCAAGACCUCGUUUUCACGCACAAUCAUGCUUCCUAAAGAGGUUGCAAAACUGAGAGCCAGAGCCAAGGAGUACGGCUACACCAAUUUCAAUCCCGAAAAGCUCACUCAAGAGGAAUCAGACCUCACAUCAAAAGUGCUGGAAAAUUUACAAUGGAGCGACCCCCACCGCCCCAUUUUCGAGCUCCAGGACAACCCGGAGAGCUUCCAGGAAGCUGCCAAAUUUGUUGCCUAG